AUGACUGUGGAUCAGGGAGUCGAUAUUACAAAGAAUGGAGAUCGUGGAGUCCUAAAACGAAUUACCAGGGAAGGAGAGGGUACCGAAACUCCUAACCAAGGAUGCCAUGUGAGCGUGCAUUAUGUUGGGACACUACUAGAUGGUACCAAGUUUGAUUCCAGCAGGGACAGAAACGAACCGUUCGAAUUUUGUUUGGGCAAAGAUGGUGUAAUAGAAGCAUGGAAAAUUGGUGUGCCUACAAUGAAGAAGGGUGAAGUUUGCAUUCUGACUUGUGCUCCUGAAUAUGCCUACGGAGCAAGUGGCAGCCCACCAAAAAUCCCUCCAAAUGCAACAUUGCAGUUUGAGAUUGAAAUGAUUGAUUGGAGAUUGGAAGAUCUUAGUCCUACCAAGAACAAAGGCAUACUGCGCCAUAUCCUCGAGGCUGGUACAGGUCUUGACAGUCCCAACGAUGGUGCAUUGGUCACAGUUGAACUAGAAGGGAGACUGCAAGGUGAUAGCAAAAUAUUCGAUCAGAGAACAGUUACAUUUUCACUCGGCGAAGGUACCGAACACAAUAUAUGCGAAGGUAUAGAAAGAGCUCUAGAGAAAUUUUUGAAAGAUGAGAAAUCCCGGUUAAUUAUCCAGCCUAAAUAUGCCUUUAAGUCCGAAGGGAAUUCAGAAUUGGGUGUCCCGCCUAAUUCUGUCGUAGAAUAUGUAGUCAAAUUGAACAAUUUUGAAAGAGCCAAAGACUCUUGGUCAAUGGACGGAAAUGAAAAACUGGAGCAAGCUAAGAUCUUUAAGGAGAAAGGAACAAACUAUUUCAAACAGAACAAAUUUCAGUUAGCCAUCAAAACGUAUAAGCGGGCCGUGUCUUUUGUUGAUAUGUUGGUGAAACGGAGAAAACAAAAAAAGCCUGAAAUACUCCUGUCAGUUCAUCUGAACCUCGCUCUAGUUUACUUGAAGGUGACUCCAAUCCACCACUUCGAAGCAAAAGACCAUGCGACCAAAGCCCUGAAAUUUGACGAGAAUAAUGUCAAAGGCCUUUUUAGGAGAGGUCAGGCUCUGCUCGGACUGGGAGAAGCAGAUUUGGCACUAAAAGACUUCCAAAAGAUUAUUGAAAUUGAACCACAGAACAAAGUGGAUUUUAUGAAUAAUUAUUUCUCUCAGGCAGCAGCCAAUCAGAUAAUAGUUUGUAGAGCUGCAAUAGAGAAACAGAAGAGGAAAGAGAAGCAGCUGUACGCGAAUAUGUUCGACAAGUUUGCGAAGCACGACAACGAGGUAACAGGUUCGCGCUCCCUCUACAUACACUUUUCGAUUGCAUGUUUUUUUUAUUUUAAACUAGCUGACCCGGCAGACUUCGUAGUG